AUGGCCCGUCCCAGUUUCUCCACCUUAGUUCAACCAUUGUCUAUGGACCUCCAGAGGAUGCCAAGCCCCUGUAGCAGCUUAUCUGGAUCCACCUGUGGAGCACCCCCCAUCUUUACCAAGCUUUUGCAAGACAUCACAGCAACCAAGGGCCAGUUUGUUGUGUUUGAAUGUCGGGUCCAGACCACAGGGGCUAUUCAAGUUCAUUGGUACAAAGGUGAAGAACAAAUAGUAGACUCAGAUGACUUCCGGAUUCUCAGGAAAAAAGCCUGCUUAUCAGCUGUUCCAGAGGAGGUUUGCACCUUGGUUAUAACAGAAGUUUUUCCAGAAGACUCUGGAGAGUUUAAGUGCAUUGCAGAAAAUGAGGCAGGAGCUACAUCCUCCAGUGCUUGGCUUUCUGUUUCCCCAGGAGAAGAAAUGGAAAAAAUUGAGGAUUCUCUGCAGACACCAAAAACACAAGCUUUCCUGAAGCCUGCCUCUUACCCCUGGACCAGAGAAAGUCCUGCAAAGGAAAGAGAUACAGACACCAAAACACCUGCCUACCAGGAAUGCUCCAUUCCCAAGGAAGAUAUCCACUUCCUCAAUGACAGUUCAUCAGAACUACCUUCCCACUGGGACAGUAUUCUUCAAGAGAGAACUGAUCCAUCAAGGCCAACAACUGUCUCCUCCCCAGAACUCAUCAAGGAGAGGUCGACCAAUCUUUGUUCUGACUCCUUGCAGACUCCAGCUUUUUCAAGUUCACCACCCCUAACUCCAGGCACCUCCCUACCAGGAUCAAAUACUAACUGCAAUAUCUCACCUUCCACUCCCUCCAUAUACCAGCCCACCAUGUUUAACUAUGAGCGUCCAAAACAUUUUAUCCAGUCACAGAACACAUGCAGCUCCAGACUACAACCUCCAGGGCCAGAGACUUCGACUUUCUCCUCUAGCCAAACCAAACAGUCUUCCAUCCUCAUCCACCCCCGGCAAUGCACGGAGCAAAGAUAUUCUGCUUCUUCUACAAUGAGCUCUCAGAUCACAAUGUCCUCGUCAGCUUUCCCGACUUCUGGCCAGCAGCUUCCUGGCUCUUCCCUGGGACAAAGAGUGACAUCCACAUAUAACCAGUCCCCUGCCAGCUUCCUCAGUUCUGUAUUGCCAUCACAACCUGAUUAUAGUGGCAGCAAAAACCCUGCAACUGUGGAAUCCAAUUACCAGCAGCCAUCAGUCAACCAACCUGUAAAUGUUAAGCCAGCCCAAGGAGCACAUCCUAAAAUAGCACCAAAGACUCCUGAUCAUGAAAUACAAGGAUCCAAAGAAGCUCUGAUCCAAGACUUGGAAAGAAAGCUUCGGUGCAAGGACAAUCUUCUACACAAUGGAAACCAACGGCUAACAUAUGAGGAGAGAAUGGCUCGCAGGCUGCUGGGACCACAGAAUGCUGCUGCGGUGUUUCAAGCACAGAAUGAUAAUGAAUCACAGGACUUAGCACAGCACAACUCAGAAAAUGCAAGAUUGCAGGUUCCUGUGCCACAGAUAAGGAGUAGAUCAUCUUCAAGAGGAGAUACAAAUGAUCAAGAAUCAAUACUGGAGAAAUUCUACCCUCCACGUUUUGUUCAAGUGCCAGAGAACUUAUCUAUAGAGGAAGGACGAUUCUGCAGAAUAGACUAUAAAGUAAGUGGAUUACCAGCUCCUGAUGUGACAUGGUAUCUAAAUGGAAGACCAGUUCAAUCAGAUGAUUUUCACAAAAUGAUAGUGUCUGAAAAAGGUUUUCAUUCACUCAUCUUUGAAGUCGUGAGAGCCUCAGAUGCAGGAACUUACGUAUGUGUUGCUAAGAAUCGAGCAGGAGAAGCCACCUUUACAAUACAACUGGAUGUUCUUGCAAAGGAGCAUAAGAGAGCACCAAUGUUCAUCUACAAACCACAGAGCAAAAAAAUUUAUGAAGGGGACUCAGUGAAAUUAGAAUGCCAAGUUUCUGCUAUACCUCCACCAAAGAUUUUCUGGAAAAGAAAUAAUGAAAUGGUGCAAUUCAAUACUGACCGGAUAAGCUUGUACCAUGAUAACUCUGGAAGAAUUACCCUGUUGAUUAAAGAUGCAAACAAGAAAGAUGCUGGGUGGUAUACUGUAUCUGCAGUAAAUGAAGCUGGAGUGGUCACAUGCAAUACUAGGCUGGAUGUCGCAGCCCGUCCAACUCAAACUCUUCCAAAUCCUAAGCAGUUACGGGUUCGACCAACUUUCAGUAAAUACUUAGCACUGAAUGGGAAAGGUUUGGAUGUGAAGCAAGCCUUUAACCCAGAAGGGGAGUUUCAGCGCUUAGCAGCUCAAUCUGGACUCUACGAAAGUGAAGAACUUUAACAGCAUAAGAAAACAUGACAAAUGCAACUAGUAAUCUUCAGUCAUUUAAUUAAGAUCUUUAAAAUAAACCCAUAGGUGCAGUUAACAGCAUAUUGCUUUUAUUAGGCAACAUAACUACUGUACAAAAUAUUAAUCUUUUGACUCUCAUACAAACUAAUUUUCUGGUGUAUUUAAAAAAUGGGAAAUUUGUGAGUAUGAGUUUAUAAAUGUAGAAGAUAUCCUGAGAUGUGGGUUUUUUAAUUCAUCAUAAAUGCUCAAUGACUCCUGAAUAUGAAAGCUGUAGAGCCUUUUUAAACCACAAAUAGCGCCAGUAACAAAAGCAGCUCCUUGGUAUGGCUUUCUAAAGGCUAUGACCUUUAAUGACAUUAAGGUGUGUUUCAGAAAUACUGAAAUGUUGCAGAUUAUCUGAGUGUUCUGGAGCUUAUGUUAAAAACCAAUAAAAAUUUAAAUAUACACAA